AUGAAGCUCUUGGUCCUGCUGGUUUGCAGCCUCCUGGUGUGGAGGGUGGGUGAGACGAGAUCGGAUGCUCCAGAAAAGUCGUCCCCGCUGGCUCCAGGAGCUCUCAGCACGAAGGAGACCUUCCUGGUGCUCUCACUGCACAACAAGUUGAGGAGCAAAGUGCAGCCCCCUGCUGCCAACAUGCAGAAGCUGGAGUGGAGCGAGGAGCUGGGGCGGCUGGCGGGGGCACGGGCAGCCAGCUGCCUGCAGGGCCCCGCUCCACCGCCAGCACCACAGCUGGGCUGGAGCGAGCUGCUGCUGCCGGCGGGCACGGGCGGCUUCGGGGCCGUGCUGGAGCUCUGGUUCGCCGAGGGACAGCACUAUGACUACAGGACGGGGCGCUGCGCCGGCAACGCCACCUGCCGCCACUACACCCAGCUGGUGUGGGCCACAGCAGGGCAGCUGGGCUGCGGCCGGCACCGCUGCCCCGGCCCCCACGGCCCCAGCGAGGCCUUCGCGUGCGCCUACUCGCCGGGGGGCAACUGGGAGGUGGCCGGGAUGCCCAUCCUCCCCUACAAGCAGGGACCCUGGUGCUCCCUCUGCACUGCUGGCCUCUCUGGCUGCUUCAAGUCCUGGGACCACAGCGGCGGGCUCUGUGAGGUGCCCAGGAACCCCUGUCGCAUGAGCUGCAGGAACAGUGGACACCUCGACAUGAGCAGCUGCCAGUGCACCUGUCCCCCCGGCUACACGGGCAGGUACUGCCAAGUGAGGUGCAGCGGGCAGUGCCUCCACGGGAGGUUCAGGAAGGAGGAGUGCUCCUGCCUCUGCGAUGCGGGCUACGGAGGAGCAGAGUGUGGCACAAAGAUCCAUUUCCCCUUCCAUGCCUGUGAUGUGCGGAUAGACAGCGACUGCUUCAUGGUGUCCCCUGAAGCCGACACCUACUAUGGAGCCAAAAUUAAAUGCCAGGAGAAAGGAGCUAUGCUAGCCCAGAUAAGAAACCAGAAGGUUCAGGACAUCCUGGCUUUCUACCUCAGCCGCCUGGAGAUGGGUAACAGGGUGACAGACACCGAUUUUGAAACUGGAAACUUCUGGAUUGGUCUCACCUACAAGACAUCCAAGGCUUCCUUCCGCUGGGAUGUGGGUGAGCCAUCCUCGUUCACCAGCUUCGCUUUUGGGCAGCCGGACAACCAGGGGUUUGGGAACUGUGUGGAGAUGCAAGCAUCAGCUGCCUUCAACUGGAACGACCAGCGCUGCAAGACCCGAAACCGGUACAUCUGCCAGUUUGCCCAGGAACACAUCGCCCUGUGGCAGCGGGACCCCUGA